AUGCAUCCCCAGCCAACUUUCUCGCCUGGCAUGACUGGCCAGUGGGAGGAGGACGGGCACAGCGACCCUCCGUCCACCCGUUCAUCAAAUGAUCCCCCCGACCAUAUGUCUCAUGUUCGGUCGAGGUCCACGGCACACGCGGAUAGUCCCAGGCGGCUGUCCGUGUUUAGUGGCCGCUCCCGCAGUAAUACGACCACGUCCACCUCGUCUCGUCGUUCGCCCGGUUCCUCCAUGACCAGCGAUAGCUCCGUCCCGUCGCAGGAUGAGCGGACUACUUCCGCUCUCGGCAUGCGUUCGGAGAAGGAUCGUUCACGCUCGUUUCUCGCUCGUGGAAGCCGCAUUCUUCGCCGUCAGGGCAGCAAGAUCAAUAUCGUCGCCACGCUGGACGAGGAAGACGAAUUUGAUCGGGAGGCCCAGCAACCCAAGAUGGAUAAAUCUGAUAAGUUUGGCCGUCGUGCCCGGCGCAUUGACAAUCAUGAACGCAUGAAGAGCCUCAUCUCCGACCCAUUCGACUUCCACCAUUUGACCCAUACGAGCCCCUCCCAGUUUCAGGGAUUGGAAUUGACCCGUGAGAACGAUCUCGUCACUGAAUUUUCUGUCAUUCGCGCCUCUCAACGGCCCGAAGCUGUCCUGAAGGGCAUCCGUGCCGACGACAUCCACUUCCGCAAUUUCUCUACUGAAGACUUGGCCGCAUAUGGCACCGCCACCACGGUUGAUGCGCCUGCUCCUCAGAGUCCGCCACAUUCGCCUGCGGCGUCGGGCUCGAUCAGUCCCACCAGUCAUGCUCAAAGGGAAUCUCGCACCUUUGAGAACUUCUCACGCCCGGCUUCGAGAUACCCCCGAUCAUGCCCGACAACGCCCCCGCCCCCGCCCCAAAGCGUCCCGGAAAAUGAAUCGGAAAAUGAUGAGCCCGCGCCUCGUGCAAUUGACGAGAUUUUGGGUUUGUUCCCGCGGGCACACUCCAUGAGCAGCCACUAUAGCCUGGAUGAUGUACCAGAGGAGGAGGAAGCCACUCGAUUGUGGGAGGACAGCCCCGGGGGAAGCACUGAUUACGCCCACUCCCGUUCCACAUCGCAGGUCAGUCCAGGGACGGUUGAGCCUCGCUCAUGCAGUAUGCCUCCCAAGGAACCGCUUUCGAUUUUUGUGGCCGAGGAACUAUCGCGAAAAUUCUCCGAAGCUCUUGGUUCGCCGACUCUCCCUCAAACCCUUCCCGCCUCAUCCCCUACUGCUCAUGGGGAGAUCACUCCCCCAGGCAGGUCGGGCGUUCGCCAAUUUUCGUAUGGGGAUGAACUAUACGAUUCGUGGGACGCAGAUAUCGACUACUGCUAUGAGCAUGCAGCCGAAUCCACUUCCGACUUUGAUUGGUCACGCACUUCUCUCGAAGAAGCUCAGCGUCCCAAAAUCGGCGUGGCUUGUAGUGACGAGUCCUUACUCGGAGCUCCCAGGACUCGCCCUCUGCAGCCCAGUCGACUGAGCACCUCCACACUUCCCACGACGGAUCUGGAUCCUAGUCCAGCACGUUCAUCAACACUGCACUCGGCUGCCACUCCUUCUACCACUGAAUUCGAGCGGGAUUUCAUGACCGGACGCACGGGCGAGUACUUCCAGCCUGUUACUUCCUCAAUCUUGCCGUCCACCCUGUCCAAGCAGAUCAAUCAGGAGACUCUCUUCUCGCCCAUCAGCAAAUGCAACUCCCAGGAAAGCUUGAUGCUCUCCCGUGCAGCCUCCAUCGUCCGCAAACACCGGUCUUCCGUAUCCACCACCAGUGUGCCGGAGCUGAUUCACAGUCUUUCUAACAGCCGCGAGCUGAUGCCCACCGAUCGGUUGACCGCCAGUGAAACUCUCAGUCGGCCCCCUUCUUCUCACCAUCGCCAGACCAAGAGUCUUGAGGCUCAUCUGCUGUUCCAGGCGGGCAGCAACAAUCUCUCCACCUCCGACCUGAGUCUCUCCUCUUCGACCCAUGACCGGGCCAAGUCCAUCUCGGAGGUAGAGGUCCACCCUGCCGAUUUCCCUCUCCCUUCGGUCCCAUCUAAGAACGCAAACCGCCCGAAGAAGACUCGCAAAUCAUCCUAUUCUCUGUUCCCCACAGCCCACUGA